AGAUGCAAAGCACAACUAUAGUUAAAUGAAAUAUGGAUCUGGCCCAAUUAAGAAUUUUAUUUAAAAGAAUCCACCGAACCAAGAGUUGUAAUAACGAUUGCAAUUGGAAUGAAUUCCUACCUAAAUAAUUUAACUGUAGGGCAAGAUGCAAAGCACAACUAUAGUUAAAUAAAAUAUGGAUCUUGGCCCGCUAGGGUAUUCUUCAAAUAGAAACCCCAAGUCAAUAGGUUCCGUACCUGAGGGUAGUUGACUUGUUAGAAAUAGUGGGAGAGUAUUUAAUAAAGACCUAUUACAUACUUAAUUCAUGAUAAUAACUAUCUUCGCAAAAUUCUGUAGAUGGCAAACAACAACACAAACAACCUAGCCCUGCGUUCCAUUCUGGAUAAAGAUAAAUUGAACGGAACAAACUUUGUUGACUGGCAACGCAAUCUCUGCAUUGUUCUCCGCAUGGAUGAGAAAGAGUAUGUGCUCGAAAAGCCCAUUCCUCAUGCCCCUCCCGCUAACGCCCCGAAAGCGGUCAAAGAUGCCUACGAGAAACACGUUAACGAUGACAACCAGGUUAGCUGUGUCAUGCUGGCUACCAUGAUACCCGAGCUGCAAAAAAAGCACGAGGACAUGAAGGCCCACGAGAUGAUCGUGGCCUUGCGGCAGCUAUACCAGGGGCAAUCUAGGCAUGAACGUUUUCUCGUGAGUAAGGCUCUCUUUAGUUGCAAGCUAUCUUCAGGGAACCCGGUCGGUCCGCACGUUCUCAAAAUGAUUGGUUACAUAACCAAUCUGGGGAAACUCGGGUUCUCCUUGCAGAAGGAGUUGGCAACGGACCUGAUCCUGCAGUUGCUCCCUGAGCUGUAUAAGGGUUUUUGUCAUGAACUACAUGAUUCAUGAUCUUAACAAACCCCUUCCGGAGCUUCUUAAAAUGCUCCAGACUGCAGAGGAGAACCUUACUAAAGGCAAGGGUGCUUCCGUCCUUAUGGUCCAGGGCGGAAAGGGGAAGCCGAAGAAGGGGAUUAAGAUUAAGGCUAGGACGGUCGGAAAGCCUAAAUCGAAGUCCACUUCAUCUGCAACCCAGAAACCCAUAGGAGGAGUUGCAAAGGGCAAAUGUCAUCACUGUGGUAAGGCAGGCCACUGGAGAAGAAACUGCAAGACAUACCUCGCAACCAAGAAGAAGGAAGGUACGA